AGUUCGGAGUAGGAGAUAAAGGCCAAAUCCAAGUUCGAUACGCAGGUAGAGAAAAAUGGUACAACUUUUAUCAAAGAAAGGACUCUACCUUACUUAACAGUGGCCUUUCGAAAGAAAUAACGACAGCGUUGGGAAAUCCUAACCUAACGCUGUUGUCUACCUUGAGUAAAAAGGAAACUACGAGGCUCCAUGAAGAAUACCUUAAAAGCGUCAAAAUGCCAAGCGUUAAAGCAAGCCUUGAAUCUAUAAACGUAUUACUUAAUAAGCAACAAGAAAAACUCCGACAAUUAGAAACCACUGAAGAGGAAAAGACCAAAGAACUCGAAGAACUUCCGCCAAAUAGUGACGCAACUAAAAGCUUGGCGAGCUUCUUGCAAAAGCUAAAAGCUGAAAAGGAAGCACAUCAAAAGGAAAUGCAGGAAAACCAGGCAACCAUCGACGACCUUACGCGACAACUUGACGAAGCAGCCAAGAAGGGGGGUGGUAUUGAUGGUCGCUUCGAAGCCGUCCAGGAGGAAAACCAAGCAUUACAGGGGCGCAUAGAAGAAUUGGAAGACGAAUUCAUGAAACAAGGCAGGCUAACUACUGAAAGUCAUGCCGUCGAAAUUGCAGACUUUAAAGCUAGGCUCUCUAAGCUGCUAGAAGAAAAAAGCGCAGCAAAAAAUCAGCUAAGGGCUGCUUUGAAUGAAUCGGCGGGAAAAGACGCAGAGCUACAGCGCUUGGGAAAAGAAUUAAUGGAGUCUGUCGACAGAGAAAGGCAAGUAAUGGUGGACAAGGCAGUGGCGGAGGAACAAAUACGACAACUUCAACAGGCCGUCGAAGACUUGGAGGGGCAAAUAGAGCGGCAGCAGGAAAUAAGUAAUGACCAAAACCGCUCUGAAGAGGAAAGGGAAGCGGCUCAAAGGGAAUUAGAAACCCUUAGGGAAAGGGUCGCAGAAUUACAGGCGCAAAGGGAAGGCAUAGAGCGAGAGUUGGGGCUUACCACCAAGGAAAAGAUAAAAAAGCUCCUGGUGAAGUAUGGCAUUCCGCUGGCAUUUGCGGUCGCUAUUUCUAGCGUAGUAGGAGUAAUCCUAUCCGCGCUUAAGGCUACGGGCGCAGGCGUAAAGAAAUUAGGGGCUGGCUUAACCGAAUUAGGAAAAAAGAUGGCAGCCGGCUUGCCUGGGCUGCUUGGUAGCGUUAUUGGCCUGGCACUUAGAGCCGGCGGCGAACUGUUGAAGUUCGUGGGCAACAACAUCUGGAUAUUAGUAGUAGCUAUUGGGGUGGUCCUCCUGAAAAAGAUGAAGGGUUAG